AAUCAACUGCACACAGAGCGAGAGAGUGGUAGGUGCUGAGGACAGCAACAGCACUCAUGUUAGCUUUGAUGGCAUCUCCAGUUAGCAGCAGUGCCUUUUGAUUUUGCCAGUAUUAAUCCUUUUCUCAGUCGGUUUCAUUUCUUAUUCUUCUGCGUUAUGGAUUACCAGUAGGUGACAAGGAUGCAAUAAAUCCCUUUUUUCAGCUGCACAGAUUUGGAUUUUUGUUUUUUAAUGAACAAAGACAAGUUGUGACCAUAAGAAAAUGGACAUGAGCAUGAGGAAAUUUACAGUGAGAAGGUUCUUCUCAGUCUAUCUCCGCAAGAAAUCCCGCUCCAAGUGCCCAAGUAAAUUAGAGGAUGAAGGUAUUGUAAAAGAAAUAGACAUCAGCCACCAUGUCAAAGAAGGCUUUGAAAAAGCAGACCCCUCACAAUUUGAGCUUCUCAAGGUAUUAGGUCAAGGUUCUUAUGGAAAGGUGUUUUUGGUGAGAAAAAUUAAAGGGACUGAUACUGGACAACUCUAUGCUAUGAAGGUACUGAAGAAGGCAACACUAAAAGGGAGGAAGGAAUUACCAGUGCACACCCCAGAUAACACCCCUAGUGGUCAUUUUUGUACAGCGCCUCACUCAGUUCGGGACCGAGUGAGGUCUAAAAUGGAGCGGGAUAUUUUGGCUGAAGUGAAUCAUCCAUUCAUAGUAAAACUUCACUAUGCAUUUCAGACUGAAGGAAAACUGUAUCUAAUUUUAGAUUUCCUCAGAGGUGGAGAUCUGUUUACACGGCUUUCCAAAGAGGUAAUGUUCACAGAAGAAGAUGUCAAGUUCUAUUUAGCUGAGCUGGCCUUGGCUUUAGACCACCUCCACAGUCUUGGAAUUAUAUACAGGGAUCUCAAACCUGAAAACAUCCUUUUAGAUGAAGAGGGUCACAUCAAGAUAACAGACUUUGGUCUCAGCAAGGAGGCAAUAGACCAUGACAAGAGAGCCUAUUCUUUCUGCGGGACGAUAGAAUACAUGGCCCCAGAGGUUGUCAACAGAAGAGGACACACGCAUAGUGCUGACUGGUGGUCCUUUGGUGUUCUAAUGUUUGAGAUGCUGACAGGGUCACUGCCUUUCCAAGGCAAGGACAGAAAGGAAACAAUGGCACUAAUACUGAAAGCAAAGCUUGGAAUGCCACAGUUUUUAAGCCCAGAAGUUCAAAGUUUGUUGCGUGCACUUUUUAAAAGAAAUCCUACCAACAGAUUAGGUGCUGGGCCUGAUGGAGUAGAGGAGAUUAAGAGGCACCCUUUCUUUGCACCAAUAGACUGGAAUAAAUUAUAUAGGAUAGAAAUCAAGCCCCCAUUUAAACCUGCUGUUGGCAGACCUGAAGACACCUUUCACUUUGAUCCAGAAUUCACAUCACGAACACCAACUGAUUCCCCUGGCGCUCCGCCAAGUGUCAAUGAUCACCAGCUUUUCAGAGGAUUCAGUUUUGUUGCUACUAACCUUGGACAAGAGAGAACCCUGAGCGAUAGCCUCCAGAGUCCAGUGCCCCCCAUUGUACAGCGACUGCACGGGAACAAUAUUCAUUUUAGAGAUGGCUAUGAAAUCAAGGAAGACGUUGGCAUUGGAGCCUACUCGGUGUGCAAACGAUGUGUUCACAAAUCUACUGGAGUGGAAUAUGCUGUCAAGAUAAUCGAUAGGAGUAAGAGAGACCCAUCCGAAGAGAUUGAGAUCCUCUUACGAUAUGGACAGCACCCAAACAUCAUUACUUUGAAGGACGUGUAUGAUGAUGGGAAGUAUGUGUACUUGAUAAUGGAGCUAAUGAGAGGAGGAGAACUGUUGGACAGAAUCCUACGACAGAAAUGUUUCUCCGAAAGAGAAGCCAGUGCAGUGCUCUGCACCAUCACAAAAACUGUGGAGUAUCUUCACUCACAAGGGGUUGUUCAUCGAGACUUGAAGCCCAGCAACAUACUGUACGUGGACGAGACUGGAGAUCCAGAAUCUAUAAGAAUCUGCGACUUUGGAUUUGCCAAACAGUUACGAGCUGAAAAUGGGCUACUAAUGACGCCUUGUUAUACAGCAAACUUUGUGGCCCCAGAGGUCCUGAAGAGACAAGGAUAUGAUGCAGCCUGUGACAUUUGGAGUCUUGGUAUUUUGCUGUACACCAUGCUGGCAGGGUUCACACCAUUUGCCAAUGGACCUGAUGACACCCCUGAAGAAAUCUUGGCACGCAUCGGAAGUGGAAUAUUUGCUCUUUCUGGAGGAAACUGGGACACUAUCUCUGAUGCAGCAAAGGAUAUUGUAUCCAAAAUGCUACAUGUAGAUCCCCAUCAGCGGCUAACUGCACCACAAGUACUUCGUCACCCUUGGAUAGUGAGCAGAGAGUAUCUAUCACAGAGUCAACUCAUCAGACAAGAUGUACAGUUAGUCAAGGGAGCAAUGGCAGCCACAUACUUUGCUUUGAACCGUUCACCUCAGGCCCCCAAACUGGAACCAGUUCUCUCUUCCAGCCUGGCCCAACGGAGAGGAAUGAAGAGACUCACCUCCACCCGAUUAUAGCAGAUCCUUGUGACAGACAUAGAAGUGACCUAACUCUGAAUCUUAUUUUUAAAGAUAUCUCUAGUACCUGACAUUAUAUAGACCAGAUUUGGGUGACUGACAGUGUCCCUUGUUUCACUUUUGGAUGCCUGGCUACUAAUGUUGUAUCAGAUUGCCAACAUUCCAAAUUGUUUUACAAGGAAGCAAGAAGAACAUUACUUAUCCAGAAAAAAAACCCACUAAUGACAAUCACUGAAAGUACAACUUAAAAAACCUGGAUGCAUUCAUGUUACUGUGUCAUGCAUUAAUCUUAAUGUAACUUUGUCAAAGCAACAAUGGGGCAAUUUCCAUGGAAAAAGUCUCACCUUUUACUCACUCUAUUUUGGGAUGGGGGGGGGAUUAACCAGAAAAAUUCUUGUUCCAAAUGUAAAUAACCUAAUUAAUAUUAAAAUACGAGAGGGUAAAUUAAAUGUUUUUGUCUGAGUUCCAAUUUAGUUUUGCGUGACUGCUCUGUCUUACAACAGUCUUAAACUGGGUUUCCACACAUUUUUUAGGUUGUAAAAAAGCUAAGUGCAGCCUGCCUCAUUUGCCCACCAACAUUUUAAAAAAAAGCACAGGGGAAAAAACAAACAAAACACAGACAUAGCAUUACACAAAUAAUAAUAAUAAUAAUAAUAAUAAUAAUAAUAAUAAUAAUAAUAAUAAUAAAAACAUUCCAUCAGAAAGUGCUGUGGCACUGUGUACUAUCCUUGUAUUAUAGAAGAAUAGUACACAGCACUUCCUUAUGGAAUGUAUUAUUUGCUAAACAUUUUGACUGCAUAUAUAUUUACUAUAAACCUAUUAUUAUUAUUAUUAUUAUUAUUAUUAUUAUUAUUAUUAUUAUUAUUAUUAGUCAUUUAGCAGAUGCUUUUAUCCAAAGUGACAAAGACUAGUGUUGAUCUAUGCAGCUGCUACUGCAGUCACACGUCUUAUCUGAAGGAUAUAUACACAAGUACAUAUAUACAUGUACAAGUUUUCCUAUAGAACCUUAGCUUCAACAAAUCAGAUCCUUAUAGUCUACUAACGGAGCUAAAAUACCAGCACUUUAGGUUAAUGGUAGAAAAUGUAUCCAGUCAAAAUGUUUAAUUCAGCUACGCUAAUUUAAGACAUAUUUUGCUACAAAUGUGACUUUUUAGGUACCCAGAUGAUACUUAAGCUAGUGUACAAUGAAUUGCAUGUUAUUGCUAAGGGGGCAGACCAAUCUAGGCUAAAGCAAUCAACUAUCUGAUGACUAAUGACGAAGAUAACAAAAGUAACUGCAAAGGGCUUAGUUAUUUAUUUAUGUACUUAUUGCAAAGGGUUUUUUUUAUAUUUAUUUAUAGUAGCUUUAGUAUUUUUACCUUGCUUAUAAAACAACUUAAUUAUAAAGCACUUUUUAUGAGUCAAAUGGCAAUAAUCUGAAACAUUGAAUAAAUGGUGAAUGGUCUUUAAACACCUCAUACUGUAUGCUUUUUUCUCCGUUUGGUCAAAGAAGCUUGCCAAAGUUGCGCGAGGUUAUUCAAGCACUUUACCAUUGUGAAAAUGUGUUGUAAUUAACAGCCUGUAGGUAAAGUGUAUCUGCAAGGACAACUUUCAGUUAGUAUGUCAGGUGCAUGUUCACCAUUUAGAUCUUGUGCAUCAAUGGACUCAUCAGUGUGACCACCAAUUCCUUAAUCUCCUGCUUGUGAUGCUCGGCAACUUUAGCUAAGUAUUCACGUCUUAGCUGGGCUGAUGAAGGAAUCGCUCCACUAUUUGCUACACUCUGUCUGAAGAAUUUCUGUAACUUUUGGUUGUCCAAUUUUUCAAAAGGGAUAUUUGCACAAACAAACGCCUCUGUCAGGUCAAAAUUUAAUAAGUGGACUUUUGGAAUAUGGAAGUCACCAUUUUUUGUUUCUUUGCAAGUAAAGCAGUCGCAGUACUGCUCU